CAGCUCGCUGGCCAAUCAGAGGAGCCCGAGCCCGCCCCCCGCGCUGGACCUGGCGGCUGAUUUGCCGAGCACGGCGGAAUGCUCCCAACUGCAGGACAGCUGGGUGCUGGGCAGCGAUGCUGCGCUGCAGAGCAGACACUUCCUCUUUAAGACGGGAACAGGAAGUACGGCAUUCUUCGGCACGGCGACGCCCGGCUACACCAUGGCGACGGGGGCGGUCUACUCCACGCCCGCCCGGCCCCUCCCACGCAGCUCGCUCUCCAGGGGGGCCUUCAAGUUCAAGAAGUCCCCGCGCCACUGCUCCUGGAGGUGCACUGCCCUGGGCGCCGUGGGCGUGGCCACGCUGCUGUCACUCAUCCUCUGCUACUGCAUCGCGAUGCACAUUCUGGGUCUGAACUGGCAGCUGCAGGAGGAGAGCGGUCUGUUUGAGAACGGGGUCCGCCCGGCGCCCAGCCCGGCCAGCCUGGUGCCCCUGCUGACCGGAGAGCACGGGAGGAGUGGGGGUCUCCCUCCAGAGAACAGCUCCAUCGACACGGGGCUGGUGGUGGUGGGGCACCGCGUGGCCCAGGGUCUGCCGCCCGGGGUCUUCUGGAGGUCCCGCCUCACCAUGGCCACGCCCAGCUUCCUCAAGUUCAACAUCUCCGUCCAGAAGAACGCGCUGAUCGGGGUCUACGGCCGCAAGGGCCUGGCCCCGUCACACACACAGUAUGACUUUGUGGAGCUGCUGGACGGCAGCCGGCUCAUCGCUAAGGAGCGACGGCCCACCAGCGAGCCCGUGUCGGUCCACCAGGCGGGCUUCAUCCAGCACCUGGACCCGGGGGUCUGGCACCUGGCCUUCUACAACGACGGCCGCGGCGUGGAGGCCGUGUCCUACAACACCAUCGUCCUGGACUCGGUCAUGGAGUGCCCCCACAGCUGCUAUGGCAACGGGGAGUGUGUGGCGGGCUCCUGUCACUGCUUCCCCGGGUUCAUGGGCCCCUACUGCUCCCGCGCGGCCUGCCCGGUGCUCUGCAGUGGUAACGGUCAGUACACCCGGGGCCGCUGCCAGUGCUUCAGCGGUUGGAAGGGGACGGAGUGCGACGUCCAGACCGCCCAGUGCCUGGACCCCCAGUGCGGGGGGCACGGCGCCUGCGUGGGGGGCGAAUGCGUCUGCAACGCCGGCCACAAGGGGAACUACUGCGAACAAGUGGACUGCAUGGAUCCGGUGUGUUCCGGUCAUGGAGCCUGUCAUCACGGGGAAUGCCACUGCAACCCGGGCUGGGGGGGGGCCGUCUGCGAGGUCUUGAAGACCACCUGUCCCGAGCAAUGCUCCAACCACGGGACCUUCAGCACCGAGUCGGGGAACUGCGUGUGUGACGCCAAGUGGACGGGCGUGGACUGCUCCGUGGAGCUGUGCGUGGUGGACUGCGGGGCCCACGGCGUGUGCCUGAGCGGCUCGUGCCACUGCGAGGAGGGCUGGGCGGGGCCCGAGUGCCUGCAGAGGGACUGCCACCCCCGCUGCAUCGACCACGGAGUGUGCAGGGAGGGCAAGUGUGACUGCCACCAGGGCUGGACCGGGGAACACUGCACCAUAGCCCUGGACUCUAGAGUAUCAGGAGCCGUGAAGAUAGGAUAUAAAGACGGCUGUCCCGGACUCUGUAACAACAACGGGAGGUGUGUCCUGGACCACAACGUCUGGCACUGCGUCUGCCAGGGCGGCUGGAGGGGGCUGGGCUGCCACGUCGCCACGGAAACGCUCUGCUCCGACGGCAAGGACAACGAGGGGGAUGGGCUGGUGGACUGUCUGGACCCUGACUGCUGUCCCCAGCCCGCCUGCCAGAAGCAGCCGUCCUGCCAGGGGGCCCCGGACCCCGUUGUCCUAGCGACCCAGGGUCAGGGGUCCGCCUUCCCCCAGCCAACCGCCAGGAGCUUCUACGACCGCAUCAGCUUCCUGAUUGGUCCUGGCGGCAGUCAUGUGAUCCCUGGCAGCAACCCCUUCAACAGCAGCCUGGUGUCGGUGAUCCGGGGUCAGGUCGUCACGGGCGAUGGGACCCCGCUGAUCGGAGUCAACGUUUCGUUCCUCAGAUACCCGGAAUACGGACACACCCUGACCCGGGAGGACGGCAUGUUCGACCUGCUGGCCAAUGGCGGGGCCUCUCUGACGCUGAGCUACGCCCGGGCCCCGUUCCCGUCGCUGCAGCGUACCGUCUGGGUGCCCUGGUCCGUGUUCCACGUCAUGGAGACGGUGGUGAUGAAGAGGGAGCACAACGACAUCCCGAGCUGCUACCUGACAGGCCUGCUCUGGCCCCUCCCCCUCAUCCUGACCACGCCCCUCUCCACCCUCUACAAGACGUCUGCAGAGGACAGCCCCAUCAUUCCUGAGACACAGGUGCUCCAUGAGCAGGUGGCCAUCCCGGGCAGCGAGCUGAACCUGGUGUACCUGAGCUCCAGGGCUCCGGGCUACAAGCCCAUCCUGAAGAUCCUGCUGACCCAGGAGAGGCUGCCCUUCGGCCUGAUGAAGGUGCACCUCAUGGUUGCCGUGAUGGGCCGGCAGUUCCAGAAGGCCUUCCCCGCCUUCCCCAACCUGUCGUACACCUUCAUCUGGGACAAGACGGACGCGUACGGCCAGAAGGUGUACGGCCUGGCCGAGGCCAUGGUGUCGGUGGGUUACGAGUACGAGUCCUGCCUGGACGUGGUUCUGUGGGAGAGGAGGACCGCCGUGCUCCAGGGCUACGAACUCGACGCCUCCAACAUCGGAGGAUGGAUGCUGGACAGACAUCACGUCCUGGACGUCCAGAACGGCAUCCUCUACAAGGGCAGCGGGGAGAACCAGUUCAUCUCGCUGCAGCCUCCCGUCAUCUCCACGGUGAUGGGCAACGGCCGGCGCCGCAGCAUCUCCUGCCCCAGCUGCAACGGGCAGGCGCAGGGCAACAAGCUGCUGGCCCCCGUGGCGCUGGCCUGGGGCAUCGACGGCAGCCUCUACGUCGGCGACUUCAACUACAUCCGCCGCAUCUACCCGUCGGGGAAUGUGACCAGCGUCAUGGAGCUCAGAAACAAAGACUUUAGGCACAGCAACAACCCGGCCCACCGCUACUACCUGACCACCGACCCGGUGUCGGGCCAGCUCUACGUGUCCGACACCAACUCCAGGAGGAUCUACCGGCCCCGGGUCCUGGGGGGCACCAAGGAGCUGACGGCCAACGCCGAGGUGGUGGCCGGCACCGGGGAGCACUGCCUGCCCUUCGACGAGAACCACUGCGGGGACGGCGGCAAGGCCCCGGAGGCCUCACUCACCGGACCCAAAGGCAUCGCGGUGGACCGGAACGGCCUCAUCUACUUCGUGGACGGGACCACCAUCCGCAAGGUGGACCAGAACGGCAUCAUCUCCACCUUCCUGGGCUCUAACGACCUGACGUCGCCGCGACCGCUCACCUGCGACAGCAGCAUGGAUAUCAAUCAGGUGAUCCUGGAGUGGCCGACGGACCUGGCCGUGAGCCCCAUGGACAACUCUCUGUAUGUGCUGGACAGCAACAUCGUGCUGCGCAUCACGGAGGCGGGCCAGGUGAGCAUCGCGGCCGGGCGGCCCCUCCACUGCCCGCUGUCCGGGGGCGAGCCCCGCCCGGGCGCCGGCCAGCGGGCGCGGUUCAGCCCCCUGGAGAACGCCGUGUCGCUGGCCGUGUCAUACCAUGGGGACUUCUACGUGGCCGAGACGGACGAGCGACGCUUCAGCCGGAUCCGCCGCGUGUCGGUGGGCGGGGAGAUCACGCACCUGGCCGGCGCCGUCUCCGACUGCGACUGCAAGAACGACGCCAACUGCGACUGCUACCAGAGCGGGGACGGAUACGCUAAGGACGCCCGGCUCAACGGGCCGUCCUCACUGGUGGCGGCGCCCGACGGGACGCUGUACGUGGCCGACCUCGGGAACAUCCGGAUCCGGGCGGUCUCCAGGAACGGGCCCGCCCUGGGCUCCACGGCCAGCACCUACGAGGUGGCAUCGCCGGACGUCCAGGAGCUGUACGUGUUCGACCUGAACGGGACGCACCAGCACACGGCCAGCCUCCUCACCGGCGAGCCCAAGUUCUCCUUCAGCUACAGCACCGACAACGACGUCACCGCCGUCACCGACAGCAACGGCAACACCCUGCGGAUCCGACGGGACCCUAACCGGACCCCGGUGCGGAUUGUCGCUCCCGACAACCAAGUGAUCUGGCUUGCGAUGGGCACGAACGGGGGGCUGAAGACGCUGACCGCCCAGGGCAUGGAGUUGGUGCUGCUCACCUACCAUGGCAACAACGGCCUCCUGGCAACCAAGACCUCGGAGAUCGGCUGGACCACCUUCUAUGACUAUGACAGCGAAGGGCGGCUCAUGAACGUGACGUUUCCCACGGGAACGGUGAAUAACUUGUACACCGACUUGAACAGCGCUCUCACGGUGGACAUUGAGAGCUCCCUGACUGACGAGGAAAUCAGCAUAACGACCAACACGUCCACACUGCAAGCCUUCUACACGCUCACUCAAGACCAGUGUAGGAGCAGCUACCAGGUGGGCUUUGACAACUCCCUGAGGAUCUCCUACGCCAACGGGAUGGACACCCACUACCAGACCGAGCCUCACAUCCUGGCCGGCGCCGCCAACCCCACCGUAGCACGCCGCAACAUGAGCCUACCCGGAGACACCGGCCAGAACCUGGUGGAGUGGCGCUUCCGAAAGGAGCAGAGCCGUGGGAAGGUCAUUGUGUUCGGACGCAAACUCAGAGUCAACGGUCGGAACAUCCUGUCCGUGGACUACGACCGCACGCUGCGGACGGAGAAGAUCUACGACGACCACAGGAAGUUCCUGCUGAAGAUCAUCUACGACGCCACAGGCCAGCCGGUGGUGUGGGUGCCCAGCAGCAAGCUGCUGCCCGUCAACGUGAGCCGCAGCAGCAGCGGCCAGAUCACCGUCCUCCAGAGAGGGCCCACGGUGGAGCGGGUGGAGUACGACGCCCAGGGACGCCUGGUCUCCAGGGUGUUCGCCGACGGACGCACCUGGAGCUACACCUACCUGGAGAAGUCCCUGGUGCUGUUGCUCCACAGCCAGCGUCAGUACAUCUUCGUGUUCGACUCCCUGGACCGGCUCUCUGCGGUCACCAUGCCCAGCGUGGCGCGCUACUCCAUGCAGACGCUGCGCUCCGUGGGCUACUACCGCAACCUGUACCACCCCCCGGAGAGCAAUGCCUCGGUGGCCGUGGACUACAGCGAGGACGGCCUCCUGCUGAGGGUGGCCCACCUUGGCACGGGCCGGCGCGUGCUCUACCGCUACCGCCGCUUCAACAAGCUGUCGGAGAUCCUGUACGACUCCACGCGCGUCAGCUUCACCUACGACGAGACGGCGGGCGUGCUCAAGACGGUCAACCUGCAGAACGAGGGCUUCAUCUGCACCAUCCGCUACCGGCAGGUGGGCCCGCUCAUCGACCGGCAGAUCUUCCGGUUCAGCGAGGACGGCAUGGUGAACGCCCGCUUCGACUACACCUACGACAGCAGCCUGCGCGUCACCAGCGUGCAGGGCGUCAUCAACGAGACGCCGCUGCCCAUCGACCUCUACCAGUUCGACGACAUCUCGGGGAAGAUCGAGCAGUUCGGCAAGUUCGGCGUGAUCUACUACGACAUCAACCAGAUCAUCUCCACCGCCGUCAUGACCUACACCAAGCACUUCGACGCCCACGGCCGCAUCAAGGAGAUCCAGUACGAGAUCUUCCGCUCCCUCAUGUACUGGAUCACCUUCCAGUACGACGACGUCGGCCGCGUCAUCCGCCGCGAGAUCAAGAUCGGGCCGUUUGCCAACACCACCCAGUAUGCCUACGAGUACGACGUGGACGGCCAGCUGCAGGCCGUCUACCUCAACGAGAAGGCCACCUGGCGCUACACCUACGACCUCAACGGGAACCUGCACCUGCUCAACCCGGGGAACAGCGCCCGGCUGCUGCCGCUGCGCUACGAUCUGCGGGACCGCAUUACGCGGCUGGGCGACGUGCAGUAUCGCCUGGACGAGGACGGCUUCCUGCGCCAGCGCGGCUCCGACAUCUUCGAGUACAACUCCAAGGGGCUGCUGGUGAGGGUGUACAGCAAGGCCGGCGCCUGGAGCGUGGUGUACCGCUACGACGGGCUGGGUCGCCGCGUCUCCACCAAGACCUCCACCGGCCCCCACCUGCAGUACUUCUACGCCGACCUCAGCUACCCGGCCCGCAUCACGCACGUGUACAACCACUCCAGCUCCGAGAUCACCUCGCUGUACUAUGACCUGCAGGGACACCUGUUUGCCAUGGAGAUCAGCAGCGGUGAGGAGUUCUACAUCGCCUGCGACAACACUGGCACGCCGCUGGCCGUGUUCACCAGUGACGGGCUGCUGGUGAAGCAGGUGCAGUACACAGCCUACGGGGAGGUCUACUUCGACUCCAACCCCGACUUCCAGCUGGUGCUGGGCUUCCACGGGGGGCUCUACGACCCCCUGACCAAACUGCUGCACUUCGGGGAGCGGGACUACGACAUCAUGCCCGGGCGCUGGACCGUCCCCGACAUCAGCACCUGGCAGAGGGUCAGCAAGGAGCCUGUGCCCUUCAACCUCUACAUGUUCCAGAGCAACAACCCCAUCAGCAAGGUGCUGGAGCUCCGGGAGUAUGUGGCCGAUGUGAACAGCUGGCUAGUGACCUUUGGGUUCCACCUCCACAACACCAUCCCCGGCUUCCCCGUGCCCAAGUUCGACCUGAGCGUGCCGUCCUACGAGCUGAAGAAGAGCCAGCUCUGGGAUGACCUGCCGGCCAUCUCGGGCGUCCAGCGGGAGGUGAACCGGCAGGCCGUUUCGCUGCUGUCCUUCGAGCGGCUGCCCGAGGUGCGCUACGCCCGGGGACGGCGCGGCGAGAAGCCCUGGCUCUGGUUUUCGGCGCCCUCCUCCCCCAUCGGCCGAGGCGUCAUGUUCGCCGUGUACAAGGGCAGCGUGCACACGCACGCGCUCAACGUGGCGGGCGAGGACUGCGUCAAGGUGGCCUCCAUCCUCAACAAUGCCUUCUACCUGGAGGACCUGCACUUCACCCUGGAGGGCCGCGACACCCACUACCUGGUGAAGCCCGGCCUGCCCGACACCGACCUGGCCGCGCUGCACCUGACCAGCGGCCACCGCACGCUGGAGAACGGCGUCAACGUCAGCGUGAGCCAAUCCACCACCGUGCUGGACGGACGCACGCGGCGCUUCGCUGACGUGGAGGUGCGGCGCGGCGCCCUGGCGCUGCACGUGCGCUACGGCUCCACGGUGGAUGAGGAGAAGGGCCGUGUGGUGGAGCUGGCCCGACAGGCGGCGCUGGCGGGGGCCUGGGCCCGGGAGCAGCAGCGGGUGAGGGAGGGGGAGGAGGGCGCACGGCCCUGGACCGAGGGGGAGAAGAGGCAGCUCCUCAGCAGCGGGAAGGUGCUAGGCUACGACGGCUACUUCGUGCUCUCCAUCGAGCAGUACCCUGAGCUGGCCGACAGCGCCAACAACAUCCACUUCCUCAGGCAGAGCGAGAUCGGGAAGAGGAGGUAACACAGAGGAGGAGGAGGAGGAGGAGGAGGAGCAGAGGGCCUCGAGUAGAGGAGGAGGAGGAGGAGCAGAGGGCCUCCAGUAGAGGAGGAAGAGGAGGAGCAGAGGGCCUCCAGUAGAGGAGGAGGAGGAGGAGGAGCAGAGGGCCUCCAGUAGAGGAGGAGGAGGAGCAGAGGGCCUCCAGUAGAGGAGGAGGAGGAGAAGGAGGAGGAGGAGCAGAGGGCCUCCAGUAGAGGAGGAGGAGGAGCAGAAGAGGGCCUCCAGUAGAGGAGGAGGAGGAGCAGAGGGCCUCCAGUAGAGGAGGAGGAGGAGUACAGGGCCUCCAGUAGAGGAGGAGGAGGAGAAGGAGGAGGAGGAGCAGAGGGCCUCCAGUAGAGGAGGAGUUGGAGGGGGGGGUGGAGGAGGAGCAGUAGGAAGGGGUGGAGGAGGAUGACAAGGUGGAGGAUGAGGAGAAGGAGGUCAGAGAGCAGCAAGAGGAGAGGAGGAGGAGGUGGAGGUGAAGGAGGCAAAGAAGGAGAUGGAGGAGGGAUAACGGCGGAGGUAAAGGAGGAGGCGAAGAUGCAGUAGGAGGAGGAGAAGAUGCAAUAGGAGGAGGAGAAGAUGCAGUAGGAGGAGGUGAAGGAGGAGAUGGAGGAGGGGUGUGUUUUGUAAAUGAGGUCCUUACGUUGGAACAGUGCUGUGCAUUGUUCCAGAGACACAGGAGUCUGAACACUGUAACCACACGCAUGUUCCUGGAGCUCAGUCGAGCUACCAGCUCACCAGAAUGACUAGCUCACUGGAGCGACCAGUUCACUGGACCAGCUCACUGGAGCGAUCAGUUCACUGGACCAGCUCACUGGAGCGAUCAGUUCACUGGACCAGCUCACCAUAGCCACCAGCUCAUCAGAACGAUUAGCUCCAUGGAGCGACCAGUACACUGGACCAGCUCACUGGAGCGACCAGCUCACUGGACCAGUUCACUGGAGCAGCUCAGAGAAACCAGCCAGAGAACCAGACUCUCUAGAACACUGAGACCAGAGAUUAAACAAUGUUUCUAUGUUUCUUGUUUUAAUGGAUAACAAAAAAAAAGACUGAAUAUUUAACGGAGGAAAAGCGAUGUUUACACGAUGCAUCUCCACACGGCCCUCACCUGCCAGACACCUGAUCAGCACUGUAAAGCGUUCUGUAAAACGUCCAAACCCCCUGCAUAGCGAAGACGGCGCCUCCAUGUUUAUUUAACCGUCGCCAUGGCGUCCGCGGUCACAGGGACACAAUGUGUUGUAAAUUAUGCAAAUGAGUUGUGUGUUUCCUUUUCCUUUGAUGAGCUGUGUGUACCAGUCAUAUAAACAAUACUUUAUGUUGUGUUUCUACAUCCAAUAAAGCCCUACCGAUUUCAACCUGUGUCUCUGCCUUCUGCCCAUGUGACACCACUGAGGUCAGGUGAUCACACACCUGACCAGGUGAUCACCCGACCAGGCGAUACUUCCUGUGUGUCUGCAGCGAGGGGUGAGAUGUUGCUUCCACUAAAUGUAAUGUUUAUGGGGUAGAGUGACUUAUGACCUCGCCGUCUGAAUGUUUCAUGGACACAAAUAUUUCAUGAAGGCGCUUCACAUGAACACGGUUCAGUCGCUCCAAAUAUAGAACCGCGCUCCAGAUUUCAAGUGUCGACGACAAGAAGACAUCAGUCUUAGUCUGGAAGGUUCUUCACUUCUCUGCUUUAUUGUUGUUCUUACCAGAGGACUGUUUUAGUGUAGUGUUCCUAACUUAUUUAAUACAGUGUUCCUUUGAGUUUAAGUGAUUAAAUGAUCAAACACGAAA